GUAUUUGCAGAGACUGCCUUCCUCCAACAACAAGUUCACCUACAAUUGCGAUCAUCACACCUUCAAUUUUCUUGUUGAAGAUAGAUACUAUAAGUUUGCUCUGAUCUCUUCUCUUUCAUUCUCGUUUUUUCUUCUAGAAGAAAGCAAAUGGGCAUCAUUGGCAUUUGGGGUGGUAUGCUGAUUGCUCAAUGCUGCUGGCGGUUACCUUGCUGUGAUUGUAUUGAGUUCUCUAUAUGUUUUUUUGACUGAAUGACUGAAAAUUACCUAGAUGCUGUUGAGCAUCCACCGGUGUGGCUGUUGCAUGUCAGAAAGAGAAUAUUCUACAUGCCUCUUUAAAUUGAAACCUGUUACAGCUGGACUCUGGCCAUAAUACUCAUGGUUCUAGUAUUUGUAGGAUAAAAAGAGUGAAGUCAGACCAAGUGGGCUAGUGAUACAAAUUGUUAUAGAUAUUUACUCAACUCUAUCCUGGUGCUUGACCAAAGGACGAAAUGUUUAUUGUGGUGCUUAAAUUUGACUGUUCUUUGCCAUAUGCAGCUUACUGUGUUGUUGCCAAAGAUACUGUUGGGAAGCAAAUCUCUAUUGCAUUUUUGGAACGCAUGAAGGCAGACUUUUAUAAGAAAAUAUAUGGGGGUGGAAAAGCGGAUACUGCUACUGCCAAAAGCGGAUACUGUUGGGUUUGAUUCCUUUAGUUCUUCAAAUUAAAAUUUUGCAGCUUAAUUAAAAUGUAGAAGAACAUAAUAUGCAGGCCAAGUAUGAAAGAACACAUGAAGUACAUUAUUGAACAUGCUGAAGAGAUUGAAAAGCUAUUGAAAGUGAAGGCCCAAGUUUCAGAAGUUAAAAGUAUAAUGUUGGAGAACAUUGACAAGGCUCUUGAGAGGGUCGAAAACCGGACGACUCUAGCUGACAAGACACAGAACUUACGAAACAAGAAUGCAGGAAACAAGGGACACAAGUUCGCAGGAAGAUCUGAUAUCAAAACAUGAAGAUUAAGUUGGUUGUUCUUGGAAUCUUGUUAACGCUAUAGUCCUAAUAAUCUGGCCCUCUAUAUGUCAUGGAUUUGAUUGCACCAACUAGCAAUUCUUAAGGUCAUGGAGCUCUAAAAUUUUUUUGUAAUACAGCAGUUAAGUACUCUUUUGUAAACACGAAUACAGAGACACCCCAAGAGAAAGAGAAACUGUCCCAUGUGUUUCUAAACUGUAUGUAUCCUUCACUCUUUUUUGAUGUAUAAAUUUGCUAAAAAAAG